CUCAGCAACCCACACAUAUUUAAUACUAUUUUGACCUGAGGAAUAGUAAUGUGAGAAUAUGUUGUAGCUGGUUAUGAUCCAGUGUAGACUGUACGGGCAGCAGUGAAAACCUGGGAUCAAAAUAAUCUUCAGAGAGGGAAAUAUCAGCCAACUUGUUUUCACCUGGAAGCCGCUCAAAGGACCCGUGGGUGGUCCUCGGACCCCACUUUGGAAACUCUCCUGCCACAGCCUAAUGCAGCUUAAACUUCAUGAGAAGAGAAUCCUGUCAGUGCCUCUACCAGACGAGGUCGAGCCCGGGUCGGACUUUGAAGACUCGUUAGACCGCUGCAUAGCUGCGCGUAGAGUGUGAAAAUAGCCCAAAGAAACCAACCACAGGUGUGUCGGAUGAAAGAACAGGAAGAGAUUUGGCCCGCCAGUGCAGCUCGGAUAAUACGUGUUCGUGAUGGAGUGGCGUCAGCAGUCCACUGUCAGCUACGACGAAGCCUACUUGGAGGCGCAGAGAUGGAUUGAGGCAGUAACCAAGAAAACAUUUGGGAGCGACGACUUCCGAUCGGCGCUGGAGAAUGGGGUUCUGUUGUGUGAUCUGAUCAACAAGAUCAAGCCUGGUGUCAUCAAGAGGGUUAACAGACUGCCCACACCUAUUGCUGGACUGGACAACCUUAACGUCUUCCUCAAGGCCUGCGGGAAGCUCGGACUAAAAGAAGCACAGCUCUUUCACCCAGGAGAUCUUCAGGACUUAUCCACAAGAGUUACAGUCAAGCAUCAAGAGACCAACAGGAGGCUGAAAAAUGUACUGAUCACAAUUUACUGGCUUGGUAGAAGAGCUCAGUGUGAAUGUUUCUACGAUGGACCUUACCUGAAUUUUAAGGCAUUUGAGGGCUUAUUAGGAACAGCGCUAUACAAGGCUCUGCAGGAAUCGUCCAGUCAGAAAGGCAGCAACGUCAGAGACAGCGGUUUUGGAGAUAGCUGGUACUCAGAGCGAGAGGAGCUCUUCCAUCUGAGAGAAGGAGGAGGAGGAGGAGGAGGACACAGGAGAGACGACUCCCUUGACAGCUUGGACUCUUUGGGCUCCCGACCCCAGAGCAUCUCAUCUGAAACCACUCUUAAAGGAAGCAGCGAGGGUUGUUGCAGUGACACUGAGGCAGACUCUGUCUUCAGGAUGGCUGACAACAAGGACAGUCUGAGUUACCGACGGUCAGUAAUCAUCACACCCAAGGCCAGCGCCCAGUUUAACCAGUUCCUGCCCACUAAAGACAAAGCCUCAGGCUACAUGCCUGCUCCACUAAGGAAGAAACGGGCCGAACGCAAUGAGGACAGCCGGCGCAGCUGGGCCAACCCCAUUUACACAGAGGAUGAAGGCACACUCACCAGCGAAACAAGGCUUUCCUCUGACUGCUAUGACAACAGUCGAGUAUCCCAGAGUGCCUUGCCUGAGGCUCAUCUACAGUGGGCCUUUGAGUAUGAAAGUGGCAGCGAUUCGGAUGCAGAUCGACCGGACCCUGACCUCGUUCUGGAUGACCUGGCCAGCAGACGCUUCCACAGCCCCUCCCAAGCUCCUCCCACCAACUUUGCCGUGCCCAUCAGUCCCCUGGCAGCAGGAAGGGCGUCUCGGAGUAGCAGGGGCCCCUGGCCUAAGGUCACAAUGACUCCCAGUGUUGCCCCUCAACAGAAUGUGACCUGCCUCAGCAGCGGCAUCAACAGUGGGGAAACGAAGCCUCUCCAGCAGGGCACUAUGAGGAUGGACCACCGCCGCCCUGUGUCCACGGACAGCCUGUUCAGGGAGAUAUGCGAUGACUCUGAGGAUGAGGACGAUGACGUGGGCUAUGCCGACCCCAUUCAAGAUGAUCUCUACUCCCGCAAGAUGGGCGUCAAACCCCAGCCGGUUGCCAAAGUAUCUUAUGACAAGUUCUUACCAAAGUUCUGGACGCCCGAAGAAGACGUUCACAUACAGAAGAUCAAACUGGGCUCCCAGAGAAGACCCUGGUACAAGAAGAUGCAGGGCGUCAGCUAUAAGAAGUCGGGCUCUUCGUCAGAUGAUUCAGACUGUGACAUCAGUCCUUGGCUCUCCUCUGCCCCCUCUCCCUCUGGCCCCUCUCCCUCUCACUCCCACACACACAAGGCCUCAGCUCACACCACCCUUGUUGUGGGGAAAAGUCCUCAUAUUCAAGCACACACUCUCCCACAGCUCCCCAAGAUACAGCCCCCUCUGUUAGAGAACCCCCCUCUGGUGUUUGCCCCAGUGGACCCCGCCUCGGGUCCCAGACUGGUCAAAUGUGAGAGGUGGCCCCUCCUCGGGCGCCAAGACCCCCGGGAGCCCCCAGACCCCUUUGAUUAUGAGAGCAUUUCCCCUGACUUGGAGAAUGAUGACAUGUUUACUAGGCGAACCCUUGCCUUCCAGUCCAACCCAGACUUGGCUAUGAUGAAGACUCAGCUGUCCGCCAAGCGUCGUCUCUACACGUCUGAGCCGCAACUCAACAUCAUCACCCAGCAACACAGCUGUGUCAGCACCGAUGAGAUUGAUUUCCCUGAUAUCGAGCAGGACGAUGUGGUUUAUCGUAAGGAGAAAACCCAGCAAGCUCAGCAACAGCGGCCUCUCUCAGGAGCGCCCGACAACUAUGCCCCUAUGCCCAUCCCAGAGCCGUGGGCUCUGCCUCCUGAUCUCAAGGCCAGACUCCUGUGCCCCCCAUGUCCUCUGACCAAGGAGACGGCAGCAGACAGACAGAAUCAGGUUCAGAACGAGACGCAUCCUAAAACAGAUGACAUGCUUGUUCGGAAACUUGGAGUUUGCUCCGAUCAGAGCCAGAGCUCCAUGAAAGGCCCAUCAGCCAGUCAGAUGACGCCCUCAGUACCUUCUUCUUGCAGCAAAGGUGACCUGCAGAGAUGGCAGGCUAUCAGGGAAGCCAGUCAGCUAAGAUAUAGAAAGAGGCUAAUGGUGGAGAGGGUCUUUUAAAAAAAUACUUUUAAAACUCUUUCUUUCCACAGGAGUAAAUCAACAAGCGAUAUCCAGGUUGACCCCACCGUCAUCCAGCAGGUUCGCUUCGAAGAGCUGCAGAAGUAUCGUGAGCGGAUAAAGUCAACUGAGGAUAAGUGGCAGGAUGACCUGAGCAAAUGGAAAAACCGGCGCAGGAGUGUCAACUCUGAUAUAGUGAAGAAGAAAGAGGAACGGGAGAAGAUAGAGGAGAUCACAUACAGCAGCAGAAGGUCCAAGACCUUCAAGGAGAUGCAAGAAGAGAGAGAAAAUAAAGGAAAGAACAGCAUUGGCGGUCGUCUCGCAUCUCUGUCUUACCUGGAUGACGAAGACGUAUUUGAUACACCUAUCAUUGCCCCACGUACCCGGACCUUUCCUGCCAGGAGCUACACUAUUGACACUCCUUACUAUUCCUCUGAACCCCUUGAGCCUUCUCGGAAAGAGGCCGAACCCCCUGCUGCCUCCCCAGCGACUGGCAGUGCCACUUCCCCUCCCACCUCAAUUGAAGUUGAUAUUGUGGACAGUCCUGCAGGCAGCGACUCCACAACCGCCAUCACUUCCACCAUCACUUCCACCAUCACUCCCACCAGCCGCAGCUUUUUCCACAGCUCCCAGUCUCCAGCAGCAGCAGCACCUUUACAGAGGAGUCCAGUCUCAGAACGCACCGGCACAGUCAAGACAGAGGAGACCACAACCACCGUCUCCUCUUCUAGCUCCCUACAAAAGGUGCCCGAGCCAAGGCCCUCAUUGUCGCGCACACAGACUGAGGUGGGGGCCCCCUCCUCUGGUUCUCUGUACAAACAACAACCACAGCCCAGCUCAAUGGAACCCAAGCCUCCUGGGGUGUCUCGGGUUUCCGCAUCCCUUCCCAGGAGCUACCAGAGAUCCGAUAGCGCACGUCUGACCUCAGUUAUCGCACCAAGGCCCUUCGGGACCCAGUCGUCCCGCCUCACCUCACUUUCCCGAGCCACUACAACGGACGACUCUCAGAAGCGUGUCAACGGCGACGCCACUGUUUCUAAGAAGUCGUCGGUGCCGAGCCGCUAUCACCAGUUCAUGACCUCUGAGGACGAGACUCACUCUCAGUCCAGCUCAGCACACAGCAGUGAGGAGGAGGAGGAGGAGGAGGAGGUGGAGGAGGAGGAGGAGGUGGAGGAGGAAGAGGAGAACGAAGACAAGACCACAGCGAAGAGCAUCACCUCUACUCAGAGUGUCUCACCUGUCCCUCCUCAGAUCAAGAGUGAAGCCCCGGUCAGUGCUGCUCCAGCCAAAGAAACCAGCCAGGAGAACUACUGUGAGAUGCGGAUCAGCCUGAACCAGAAGCCCAACAGCAGCAGAGACUUUGGCUUCCAGGCGGCCUGGGACUCGACAGGAGCUCGCAUCACGUCCAUCCAGCUAGGCAGCCCGGCAGAGAUGUGCCAGCUUCAGGUCGGAGAUGAGGUGUUAACGGUAAACGGGCACCAGGUGGCAGAAAUGAACUACCCAGACUGGAAGUCCUGCAUGGAGGAGGCUCUGCAGGAGGGCAGUCUGAUUAUGGAUAUACGCCAUCAUGGCAAGAACAACUGGGACAGAGAUCAACCUUCCCUGCCAUUUAAAAGCCAUAAGACCAUCAAUCUGACCAGUACGGAUCCGAUACUUCUAGGUUCUCCUGACAAAAACACUGUCAGCUCCAGCCUGGAUUUCACCUCACGUGCUUCCAUGGAAAAGCUGCCGUCCAAAGAGGCCCCCGCCCAUCCAGUCGUCGACGUGGCUUCAAACGGAGUUAAUGGAGGUUUCCGUGAACAGUCGGUGACGAUAAGGAGCAAAGAGUCAGAACCCAUAUCUUUGAAAAACUUAAAACGGAGGUCAGAGUUUUUUGAAAAAGGUGGCUCAGGGUCCAGUGUCAGUGCGCUGGUCUACCUCUGUGGAGGAUCAGAGUCUGCAAUGCCAGAUAUACCCGUUCCUUCAAUCAUUCCUUCUUCCAGCCGCUGGUCCUGGGACCCAGAGGAGGAGCGCAAAAGACAAGAGAAAUGGCAGAAGGAGCAGGAGCGCCUCCUACAGGAGAAAUAUAAGCGCGACCAGGAGAAGUUGCAGGAGGAGUGGAUGAAGGCUCAGCAGGAGGUUGCCGAGAGCGUACAUCAAGAGGAGCCUGGGAGCCUGGAGGUGAUCAGACACAGCAUCAACCCACUCUCGUCCCUCUCUACCGUCAACCAGCCCACCUCUCCUCCAUGGGAAGAGGAAGAGAGAAAGAGGAAGGAGGAGCAGGAGCGCCAGAAGCAGGCGGAGGAGCAGGAGCGCCAGAGGCAGGCGGAGGAGAGGAGGAAGAGGGAAGAGGAGGAGCGGGAGCUGCAGCGUCUCCAGGAGGAGAGAGAGAGGAAAGAAAGGCAGGAGGAGGAGGAGAGGAAGAUGAGGGAGGAGGAAGAGCUGAGAUGGCAGAGGAGGAGAGAGGAGGAGAGGAAGGAGGAGAGGAGGCGGCAGGAAGCUGCCGAGCAACAGCGCAGAGAGCGGGAGAGAGCCUUCGAGCAGCAGCAGCAGCAGUGGGCUGAUGGCUCCCAUGGCUUUGCCAAUGUCCAGUCGUCACUGUCCUUUGCAGACAGGACGAAAUCUAAAUCAUCUCCCCAGCUUGAUGAAGAAGAAAAACCUCAGAGAAAAGGAGUGUAUGUGCGGCCGGGGGGCAUGGCUCACUGGCUGCUGGAAGAGCAGCUGAGGAGUGCACGUGACAAACAGGCCCAGAGUCAGCGGGCUGCAUCAGAGCUGGAGACGGAGAGGAGAAACAUCCUCAAUGCCAUGAGAUACAGAGAGCCAGAGAGAGUGACGGGCAGUGGAUUGGGUGAUAAAAUGAGUCAGCAGUCCGUGUCGCAGGCAGAGCAGGAGCGGCAGCAGAUCCUGAACGAGAUGAAGAAGAAGACUCCGCUGCUGAGGGACAAAAGCUGGAUCCGCGAACGCUCCUCCACCACCACCACGAUCCAGGAGUCCGACGUGCCACCCAUGCGCAGAGGUGAGUCUCUUGACAACUUAGACGCCUCCUACAACUCCUGGCGCUCAUCAUGGACACCCAGAAGCAACUCUCACAUCCCAAACUACACUCGGCCUCACUCUGCCCUCUCUGGCAGCACUUCCUUUUACGGUGGUGGGUUGGGGGCCCAGCGGACCGGCUCCUCCACUCUGCCUUCCUCCUCCUCCAUGGGCUCCCUCCGAGGCGGGGCAGGAACCCCCUCGUCCUCUUGGUCCCGGCAGUCGCCUUCCCCCUCACCCUCCUCUCCAUCACCCACCACCUCUCCAGAGCCCACGUCUGGCGCCCCCGAGCAGCGGAGCAGGUCAGUGAGUGGCAGGAAAAUCUGUACGUUCUGUGACACCGCACUGGGAAAGGGAGCAGCCAUGAUCAUCGAGUCCCUUGGGCUCUGUUAUCAUUUGGGCUGUUUUAAGUGUAUUGACUGUAAGUCGGACCUGGGAGGAUCGGAAGCCGGGGCUGAAGUCAGAAUACGAAACAAGCAGCUGUACUGUAACACCUGCUACAUGCGAUUCAAAGCUGGCCAGCCAACCUCUAUGUGACGUGACAGUACUCCAGCAGAUUGAUGAAGAGACUACUUGUGACAACAACCCAUGAGCAUUUAAGUGAACAUUGAAGCCAUUGCAAAUAGCUGGGACACUUGGUUUGGACAUACUUCCAUUUAUGACUCUAGAAAAUCUCAGUUGAAUCGCUGAUGAGAAUUAUAUUUGUGGUUUUUGAGAGGGUUUGCUUGCAAAGACGUUAUCUACUUUACUGCGUUCAUAUCAUAUUAAGUAUUACAGUUGUACAAAAUUUAAGGGUUCUGCAUGCACCAGACUUUUAUGUUUUAGCCACGAAACUAGUCAAAACGUUAAAUUGUCUAUAAGAUUAAUGAGGCAGAUCUUUGUAAUGUUCUUCAGUGAGAAAGAUUUUAGAGAUAUUGAGAGAGUUUUCAAGGUUUCAAUCUCCUCUUACUCAUGCUUCUUUUUCCAGUGAGUCUUGUGGUAUUAACACGUUUGUCGACCAAUGUAUUCCUAUCAUGUCUAUGUGCCUUUUCGUUUGUAACAGGGAGAAGUAAUUAAGAUUAUUAGAUAUCUUUCAAAACAUAUUUAAAACGGUUUGCUUGGAUGGCACUUACCUGGAGUUUUCACUUAUAGAUGGAGGAUUGUACACACAAGCAGGUUUCCUCAUGAAGAUUAUAUCAUACAGAAUGGCAUUGAGGCAAACAGUAACAUUUGUAAAUAAAAUGACUAAAUGCGCUCAUC